AAACUCUCCUGGAUGACUUCCUUCUCACGUACACUGUCUUCAUGACGACUGAUGACUUGUGCCAGGCACUUCUGAGGCACUAUUGCGCUAAGAACCACCAAGGGAAAGAAGAUGACUCUGAUGUUUCCUGUAGGAAACGAAAAGUCUUGCAUUUGGUGUCUCAGUGGACUUCUCUCUACAAAGACUGGUUACACGAAGAUGAGCAUUUAAAACAAUUUUUAAAGACGAUAUACAGGAAUGUGUUAGAUGAUGUGUAUGAAUAUCCCAUUCUUGAGAAGGAACUGAAAGAAUUUCAGAAGAUACUUGGAAUGCAUCGUCGUCACACUGUAGAUGAGUAUUCACCUCACCGAAAGAAUAAAACCUUUUUCCACCAGUUCAGUGUAAAGGAGAACUGGCUGCAGCACAGAGGAACCAUGAAUGAAACAGAAGAAAUUUUCUGCCGUGUGUAUAUAACAGAGCACUCCUAUGUCAGUGUGAAAGCUCAAGUAUCCACUUCAGCUCAGGAGAUACUGAAGAUUGUAGCAGAAAAGAUCCAGUACCCGGAGGAGGAGUUGGCGCUGGUGACAGUCACAUUCUCUGGCGAAAAACAUGAACUACAACCAAAUGACUUGGCUAUCUCAAAAUCUUUCGAGUCCUCCAGUCGUAUGUUUGUGUACCGAAAAAAUGUAACUGAUUCUUUGAACCCAUUUGCUGAAAAUGAGGAAUUGCAGCAAAGGUCUGUGAGAAUUUUGGGAAUCAACACCUGGGAUCUUGCUUUAGAACUAACAAACUUUGACUGGAGCCUCUUCAAUGCAAUUCAUGAGCAAGAACUGAUAUACUUCACGUUCAGCAGACAGGGCAAUGCUGAAAACACUGAGAAUCUCAGUCUUCUGCUUCAAAGAUGCAAUGAGGUCCAGCUUUGGGUUGCCACCGAGAUACUCCUCUGCAGCCAGCUCUGCAAACGUGUACAGCUCGUCAAAAAGUUCAUCAAGAUUGCUGCCCACUGUAAAGCCCAAAGAAAUCUGAAUUCAUUCUUUGCGAUUGUUAUGGGUCUCAACACUGCAUCUGUCAGCCGGCUGUCUCAGACCUGGGAGAAAAUUCCUGGGAAGUUCAAGAAACUUUUCACUGAACUUGAAAGUUUGACGGACCCUUCUCUGAAUCACAAAGCUUACAGAGAUGCAUUCAAGAAGAUGAAAUCUCCGAAAAUCCCCUUCAUGCCCUUACUUCUGAAAGAUGUAACAUUCAUCCACGAAGGAAAUAAAACUUUUCUGGAUAACCUUGUUAAUUUUGAAAAGCUGCACAUGAUUGCAGAUACUGUUCGGUCAUUGAGACAUUGCAGAAAUAACCAGUUUGGCAAUGAAGUUCCUUCAAAAGAGCAUCAUGAGCUGAAGCCAUACAUCCAUCACCUGCAUGUCAUCGACAACCAGCAAGCUCUGUUUGAGCUUUCUCACAGGAUAGAGCCGCGAGCGUGAAUGUGCACAGCUUCGUAUAACCUUGUAACUGCAGCACUUUGAAUUAAGUGAAUGUUUAUGCCAAGCAUGUUGCUUCCCUAUAUAAGAACAGUUUACUGAGUUUUAUCAGUAGCUCACACAACAUGCGCAGGAAAAUCAGGCAAGAGCCAGCAAAGGAGCUGCUCACAGAGUUGCAGGGCAAGCUUGGUGCCAUCCCCGCUGGUCACCGGGACGGGAGGGAGCGGAGCAGCAACCUUUGAGCUCAGGAGCUUGGUUUCUGUGAAAAUAUUGUUUGGUCCAGUGUAGCUUUCAACGCAGAUUCUGCCAGUAUUAGAAUGAAAGGAAACGUCGUGUCACAGCAGCAAAACAUUUCAGCAAGCAACAUUCCACAAGGGCAUUGAUUCUCAGUUCACCACAGUAUGUACCUCACUAAUUCAAGGCUGCCAAAGUAUUGUUGCCAAAAAUACUGUGCGAUCCAUGCAGCUCCCCCGAGUCCACUGGAGCAUCUUCUUUGAGAUAAGUGUGGACAUCCAGGAAUGGAAAUAUAAAAAGACAGUGCGCCAGAUGAAACUCAGGAGUGUGUCAUGAUGUGGAGGUCAGCAGUGUUAUGGCCCCUUAAGAAUCUGCUUUAUAAAAUACACUGUAAGAGCCAAUCUGCUUUUGUUACAAUUUAUGGACGUAAUUG